AAGAGGGAAAUCCCAAGAGACAACAUACACAUGAGCCUUUUUUGCCCCACGUGAUAAUUUGAACACUCACACUAAGCCUAUGAGGAAAGUCUCAUCGUGAUGACGUUGAGCUAUCCAAACCAAACAAUCCUCACUGCUCACUCCUCACGAUUAAACCGCGAGUUUGCAUUUACGAUCCUCAGUAUCAAACCUACUCCCAGGUCCCAACGACUCUGGGAUUCCCAUAUUCUGCCUUUCACAGAAAUAUUAAUGCAAAAAAUACUAUUUUUUUCAGUUCACAUUUUAACCGGGAAUUUAAUAGUUAAGUUGAAAGGUGUGUUCUUCAGCAAUAAAGCAUUAAUAAUAUAAUUAUAUUUUGAAAUAAAAGUGUUAAAUUACAAAAAAAGUUUACUUUACAAAUAAGACAACAUGGUUCAAAUUAAUAUUGACUCUAUUGGUUUCAAAAUCAGGUGACAUUUUUCUUUUUUGUGAAAUACCAUCGAUGACAUACUUGAUACGUGUUUACAAAUAAGAGUUCGAAGAUAUUUCUGGAAGACAUAAAAAUGGAUUCAUACAUGGAUUAUCAAAAAAAUGAAAUUUCAGAGAACUUUUAUGCAACUUUAGAAGGAGAAGAAGGCGAUCGUUUACUAUUGGACAUGGAUUCCAUUUCUGCCCAAAAAGCGGAUCCACUUGUUUCCAGACUGCAGGAAACUGGAAGCAAAACCUGCGCAUUAGGGGAAGAGAAGGAAGAGGCGGAUGGAGCUGGAUGGUCAGAAAAACCAAUUAAGGAUUGGUGCCAAGAAGAGACGAUAAACUGGCUCAUAUCAGCGGCAUCCCAUAUGGGCCAGCUUUACAGCUCAAUACAACACAGUCUCGCCAUUCCGGGCAAAGAUCUCGUAACUCUUACGAGAAGCGAUUUUAUUGCUCACGAUGCAAUUUAUGGAGAGCGACUCUACGAUCUUCUCCAUUCCCAAAGAAAUUCAAAUUCAACUCGUUGUUGGCGAAAUAGAUGCGUUUCUACGACAUCGACAAAUUAUUUGUAUGAUUUUCACAGAAUUUCAUUUUCCCCAGAUGCAGAAUCGGAAAAUAGUGUGGAAAUUUCUACUAAACGACCGCCCGGAAGGCCAAGGUUACUCAAAGCCAAAAAACCAGCCGGAAGCCAAGGAAAGUUAUGGGAAUUCAUCAGAGAUCUACUACGGAAUCGGAAAACAUGCCCAAGUCUUAUCUGUUGGGAAGACUACUCUCAGGCUAAAUUUCGAUUCGUCAGAAGUGAUGAAGUUGCCAAACUCUGGGGCUCACGGAAAGGAAACACGAAAAUGACUUACGAAAAACUCAGCAGAGCUAUGAGGUGAUUA